GUAACUCACGAGUUCCAUUGUUCAUACACCUGGCCCUUGUUAGUAAUAUUGAAAGUCGUGAUAUUUCUAAGUGCGCAGGUCUGACCUUAUAAUCUUCCUACUAAAGCAAGGCACACCUUAUAAACCGUUUAUCGAGCCUGUUGUCAAAGCUCUGUUCGUGCAAAUAUGUUCGCCAUUCUUGGUACUCUCGUUGUUGUUUUCGCUUUUUCUGUUCCUUCUCAAGCCGCUUUAUCCGAUGAAUACCAAAACGAGGAACGUUUAAGCGCUAUAAAUGAAUCAGACUGCAUGCUGUACUGGACGUACGACAAGACUGAUUCGACCAUAUCCUUCGCCGCCAAAGCAAGAACCUCUGGAUGGGUAGGACUUGGAUUCACGAGCAAGAUUGACAAUACGACAACGUAUGACGUAGUCAGGGGAUCAGACGAUGAUCUUACUAAAAAGAAGGAAAUAUACGACUUCCAUGCUGUUGGUAAACAGACUCCAGUCAAUGAUACUCAACAAAACUUGAUCGAAAAGUCAGUGGCAGAAAAUAAUUAUUAUACUACCAUCAAGUUUAAAAGGGCACUUGAUACAAAAGACUCUAACGAUACCGUCAUCAAGCCUGGCCCAAUGAUUGUAGUCUGGUCUUAUGGCAACAUAGAGGAACUGGAAUCAACCUACAAAGAAAUGGGCUACAAAACUGUCACAUUAAUCCCCGAGGAGCAGAAAAAUGACACAACUUCCUCAACUGCAACACCAGAGACGACCAACGGCCCCGUAAGCAAAGCUGUCGUUCGGCAAGAUAGUUGGCAGUUGCUGGCCUUGUCUGCCAUUCUCUUCAUUGUGCCUGCGCUCAGGCCCUAAACAAGCUACUCAACUUUCUUCUUAUAUAUCCUAAGUUUGAUAUUUCGUUUUGACUUUAGAAAUAUUUGUAGAACACUUUGUAACCCAUAGUAUUAAGAUAAUUGAGUGCUUCUUGCUUAGAGGUGAUUUUUCAAAAACGAGUGCACCGUCUUUACAACAUCUCUCCAUACAGCCUUGUUGCUUGACUUCGACGUUUUUGAAUUUAUCCGCGAGAAGUCUUUACUGGUACGGCGGCCAUCUUGAAUUCCAUUGUUUUCAGUAAUAAAUUAUGGGAUGCCGAAGGAGCAAAUAUUGGAAAAUUUAUAGACUUUUACAGCUGACAGGGUUUUUCUAUAACUUUACGUUAUCCAAUGUGCAAGAUUGAAUAAAAACCAAUCGAAUUUCCUGAUAGUUAGAGGAACAUGUAGAAUACCAAAAAGUAAAAUCAUUUGAAAACGUCACUUCGCCACUCUAUGCUUUAUAGAUAUUUCUACGUUAAUUCUCUGGGCAUCCCAUGAUUCAAGAUGUCAGCCGUAUCAGUAAAAAGGCCUAUUGACGUUAAACAAAGUUAUUUGAUUUCAUUAUCAUGAUAUUUAUGAACAGGUCUUUAUAAGAUUUUGUAGAACCAGAACUUUUAAAGGGGCACUUGGAUGAAAAUCGAUGAAAAUUGAAAAUGGCUUGAAACUUGGUUAAACUUAUCUAUAUGGCCCAGAUAGUAGCCAAGCAACAUGUUUCCUUCACAGUCAAAAGUGGUGGAUGAAAAUUAUCAAUUUUAUUCAGCAUCUAAAUUGUGAGUAAAUGACGUCAUUUACUCAACCCUAUUGUUCUUUUCUUUUGAACCAAACUUUCUCAACAACAAAUGGCUCACAGGCUAAAAGUUUCACUAAUCUGGUUUUCAUAAUCGUAAUUGAGUCAUAUUAUCCCCAAAUACUUCAAUUAUUCUGACUUUCAAAAAUUAGGGCGUUUUCAUCCGAGUGUCCCUUUAAGGCACGAGAACACGGUACUCGAACAAUCGACACGAACUGUUGAACGAAACAUUUCUGGUAAUAGAUUUAAGGAGCGAAUGUGACACUCCGGUAUAACUUACAGCUUAAUUGUAAAUUAAUAAAAGUAGAACGUGCUAAAAGCUUCA